AUGAAAUCCCCAACUAUCGCCGCAGCUCUGCUGCUUGGGUCAGUAAAUGCUGCUGUUCACCGAAUCGCCUUGCAAAAGGUAUCUCUCGAGGAGCAGCUAUCCGGUGUAAGUCUAGAUACGCAUGCAAAGUACUUGGGACAGAAGUAUAUGGGUAUUCGACCCCAGUCUCAUUGUCAUGAAAUGUUCCGUGAGGCUCCAAUUUACAAUGGGGAAUCAAGACAUCCGCUCCCUAUAUCCAAUUUCAUGAACGCUCAAUACUUCGCAGAGAUUACUAUUGGAAACCCUCCACAAUCCUUCAAGGUUGUCCUUGAUACUGGCAGCUCCAACCUAUGGAUUCCUUCUCAAAGUUGUAACUCCAUAGCUUGCUUCCUCCACAACACAUACGACUCUUCCUCGUCGCAAACUUAUCAUAAAAACGGAAGCGACUUCAGCAUCCACUACGGGUCUGGUAGCCUGAGUGGGUUUGUGUCCAAAGAUGUUGUACAUAUUGGUGACAUAGAAAUUAAGGAUCAACUGUUUGCUGAAGCAACAAAGGAGCCUGGUCUUGCCUUCGCAUUCGGACGGUUUGACGGUAUUUUGGGUCUUGGCUACGACUCAAUAUCAGUGAACCGGAUUCCACCUCCAUUCUACAAUAUGCUCGACCAGAACUUGUUGGAUGAACCAGUCUUUGCCUUUUACCUAGGGGCAUCUGAAGAUGAGAACUCUAGUCCGUCAGUUAUAACACUAGGUGGUACCGACCCUAAUCACUACUCUGGUCGUCUGAUAGAGAUUCCACUGCGGCGAAAAGGUUACUGGGAAGUUGACUUUGAUUCGUUCACCUUUGGCUCCGAGUCAGUACCACUCGAAGAUACAGGCAUCAUUCUCGACACUGGAACAUCUCUAAUAACCCUUCCAUCUGAUAUCGCAGAACUUUUGAACUCUGAGAUUGGUGCCCAAAAAGGGUUUGGAGGACAGUACAGUAUCGAUUGCGACAAACGUGACACCCUUCCAGACAUUACCUUCAAUCUCGCUGGCUAUGAUUUUACAAUCUCUGCAUACGACUACAUCCUGGAAAUUCAAGGCAGCUGUAUUUCCAGUUUCACGGGAAUGGAUUUCCCCAAACCCAUAGGUCCUCUAGCCAUCCUUGGGGACGUCUUCCUCCGCAGAUGGUACUCUGUGUAUAAUGUUGGCAACGGUACAGUUAGUCUGGCUCUUGCCAAACACUAA